AUGGAGGACGAAGGCAACGUUUACAUAGUUUAUUUAGGGCGCAAAUGUCAUGAUGAUCCAAAGCUCACUUCCAAGCACCAUGUUCAGCUCCUCUCAAGCGUCUUCUCUAGUGAAGAAGAUGCUAAGCAAUCCAUGCUGUAUAGUUACAAGCACAGUUUCUCGGGGUUUUCAACAAUCCUCAAUUCGAGCCAAGCAGCUGUCUUAGCCAAGAGGAAAGAAGUAAUAUCACUUUUCAAAAGCAAGAUGAUGCAUUCUCACACCACAAGAAGCUGGGAUUUCUUGGGGCUUAGCUUGACCAACACUUACAAACAUCACACCACUCCACUUCAGCUUGCCUAUGGUCAUGACAUUAUUGUUGGAAUCAUUGAUUCAGGUGUAUGGCCAGAAUCUGAUAGCUUCAAAGAAGAGCCAGGUAUGAAACCGAUCCCCUCAAGAUGGAGAGGAGAAUGCGAGAGAGGCGAAAAGUUCAACCCUAAAAAAGACUGCAACCGCAAGCUAAUCGGGGCGAGGUACUACUCUGGAGGCUUUGAAGCCGAAUACGGAUCCCUACUAGAAAGAAAUAUUUCUGAAUACCGAUCGGCCCGGGACUUUGCGGGCCAUGGGACCCACACCGCCUCGACGGCGGCGGGCUCCAUAGCGAAAGGCGCGAGUUUCCAAGGCCUGGCAAAAGGGAUUGCCCGCGGCGGGGCACCUAGGGCUCGCGUGGCGGUUUACAAGGCCUGUUGGGGCUAUGAAUUGAUCUGCAGCGACGCCGAUGUCCUGAAGGCCUUCGACGACGCACUGUGGGACGGAGUUGACGUGAUCUCGGCAUCGUUCGGCCGAAAUCCACCUUUUGAUGGCUUGUUUAAUUAUAGCUCCGCGAUCGGGUCAUUCCACGCGAUGCAGGUGGGAGUGACAGUGGUGCUAUCGGCGGGGAAUUCGGGGCCGACGCCGGGUUUGGUCUCGAAUGUCCAGCCUUGGGCGAUUUCAGUUGCGGCUUCUUCGAUUGAUCGAACGUAUCCGACGAGGAUCGUCGUGGAAGGAAACUACGUUGUCGUGGUACGUGCGUUGUGA